CCUGUUAUAUAUGAACGGAAUAUGAUUCACGUGUUUUUUAUUUAGCAUUAUUUUGAUUUUUUUUUGAAUUUUUGUUUAUGAUUUUCUGAAAUUUUGAAUCAUGUCACAAAACGAAAUUCUAAAUCAACCAUCAUCAUCAUCGUAUCCAUAUUUUCAGCGAUUCAUUAAUCCUCUUCUGUCUGGUGCCUGUGCAGGUCUUGCUGUCGAUGUAACAUUGUUCCCAAUCGAUACGAUCAAAACACGUUUACAAAGUGCCAAUGGAUUCUGGAAAUCUGGUGGUUUCACAAGAAUUUAUUCCGGUAUCGGUUCAACUGUUUCUGGCUCAGCACCCGGAGCCGCUUUAUUUUUCAUCACAUAUGAAUCGGGCAAAUAUCUUUUAAGUGGGCAACAAUGUUUACAUUUAGAUUCACGUUACAAUAGCGUUGCAUAUAUGAUUUCAGCAUCGAUGGGUGAAAUUGUAGCAUGCUUGGUGAGAGUUCCCGUAGAAGUUGUAAAACAACGAGCUCAAGCAUUUCAUAUGAAUAGUGUUCAAGUUUUACAGCAAACAUUAAGACAAUCUGGUUGGCCUGGUCUUUACCGGGGUUAUGCCAGUACGAUUAUGCGUGAAAUUCCUUUUUCAAUGAUUCAAUUUUCACUUUGGGAACAUACAAAACAGGCAUGGGCCAAUUGGCAACAAACUUCCACCACCACCACUACUACGGCUGUUGAACCAUAUCAGGCAAUGAUUUGUGGUUCAUUUUCCGGUGCAAUAGCUGCUUUUCUAACAACACCAUUAGAUGUGGCUAAAACGCAGAUAAUGUUACAGGAUUUUGGUGGCUCAUCUCGUUCCAUCGACAACAAUAAUAAAUCCGUACCAAUAAGAUAUUUUUAUACUAUACGAUCAAUAUUCAAACAUAAAGGAUUGCAAGGAUUAUGGGCCGGUGCUUUGCCACGUGUUGUUUGGAUUUCGAUUGGUGGUGCAAUAUUUCUCGGUGGUUAUGAAUGGGUUCAUACAUCAUUGGAGAAAUGUUUUAUUCAAUGAUAGUGGACAAAAAAAAGGAACAAUUUUUAUACAAACAUGAAUAGAGAGAAUAAAUGCCAUAUCAAAUUCUGUGAUCUCGUAUUGUUUUUUGUAGACAAAAAUUUACAAAUAUAGUCAAAUUAAAAUUCAUCAUUCAUAAAAUUC